GGAAAAUUCUUUUGGGAGAGGAAUUGAAAGAUAAAAAUAGGGACUCAAGCGGCCUGCAGACUAAAAGAUUAGAAGAAGUGGGAGAGCCUUUGGGAGAGAUGGGAACUCUGCUGCAGGGUGAGCCUCAGAAAGUUAGAAAAAUCGACAAAAUUGAGAUCUUUAAGAUAGAAGGCAACCUUGGAAUUCCAAGACAAAAAAGGGCUAUUUUGGCAACUCCGAUACUAAUUCCUGAAAAUCAAAGACCACCAUUCCCCAGAUCUGUUGGCAAGGUCAUCAGCAGUGAAGGGACAGAGGGAGCAAAGUUCCGACUCUCUGGCAAGGGAGUAGAUCAAGACCCAAAAGGAAUUUUCAGGAUCAAUGAGAUCAGUGGGGAUGUCUCCGUGACCCGAGCCCUUGAUAGAGAAGCAAUUGCCAAUUACAAGCUUGAAGUUGAGGUCACAGAUAUAAGUGGGAAAACCAUUGAUGGUCCAGUCCGCCUAGAUAUUUCUGUUAUUGAUCAAAAUGACAACAGGCCAAUGUUCAAAGAAGGACCCUACGUUGGUCAUGUCAUGGAGGGAUCCCCUACAGGAACGACUGUGAUGCGUAUGACAGCAUUUGAUGCUGAUGACGCUAGCACAGACAAUGCUCUUCUGCGGUAUAACAUCCUCAAACAAACACCUACCAAACCCUCUCCAAAUAUGUUUUAUAUUGACCCAGAGAAGGGAGAUAUUGUUACAGUGGUGUCACCUGUACUGCUGGAUCGUGAGACUAUGGAAACCCCAAAAUACGAGCUAGUUAUAGAAGCUAAGGAUAUGGGUGGUCUUGAUGUGGGACUCACUGGUACAGCAACUGCCACUAUUCUUAUCGAUGACAAGAAUGAUCAUCCACCAGAAUUUACCAAGAAGGAGUUUCAAGCCACAGUGAAGGAGGGUGUCACAGGUGUGAUAGUAAACUUAACUGUUGGUGACCGAGAUGAUCCAGCAACCGGAGCGUGGAGAGCUGUCUACACCAUUAUUAAUGGAAAUCCAGGGCAGAGUUUUGAAAUUCAUACCAAUCCCCAGACUAAUGAGGGAAUGCUCUCCGUUGUCAAACCUUUAGACUACGAGAUUUCAGCAUUUCACACGCUGCUGAUCAAAGUAGAAAAUGAAGACCCGCUGAUUCCAGACAUAGCCUAUGGCCCCAGUUCGACGGCAACAGUUCAGAUCACUGUGGAGGAUGUGAACGAAGGCCCAGUUUUCCACCCAAACCCCAUGACAGUGACCAAACAAGAAAACAUCCCCAUCGGCAGCGUUGUGUUAACCGUAAAUGCCACUGAUCCUGAUACUUUGCAACACCAGACUAUCAGGUUUUCGGUUUACAAGGAUCCAGCAGGCUGGCUAGAAAUUAACCCUACCAAUGGUACCAUUGGCACCACUGCUGUCCUGGAUCGGGAAUCUCCUUACGUUCAGAAUAACGUAUACACCGCGCUCUUCCUGGCAAUCGACAGUGGUAACCCUCCCGCUACAGGUACAGGAACUUUACACAUCACCUUGGAGGACGUCAAUGACAACAUCCCGUCCCUUUACCCAACGCUGGCAAAAGUCUGUGACGAUGCAAAGGAUCUCAGGGUAGUGGUACUAGGAGCAUCAGACAAAGACCUUCAUCCCAACACAGACCCAUUCAAAUUUGAACUGAGUAAGCAAUCUGGCCCAGAAAAGUUGUGGAGAAUCACCAAGCUGAACAAUACUCAUGCCCAGGUCAUCCUGCUUCAAAACCUGAAAAAGGCCAAUUACAACAUCCCAAUCUCAGUGACAGAUUCUGGAAAACCGCCUCUGACUAACAACACAGAACUGAAAUUACAAGUGUGUUCCUGCAAGAAAUCCAAAAUGGACUGCAGUGCAACUGAUGCCCUUCACAUCAGCAUGACCCUUAUCCUUCUCUCACUCUUCAGUUUAUUUUGUCUGUAAGAACUCCUGACAUUUGAAGCUGUCCUACCAAGUUGCCAUGGCAACGAGAAAAAGAAAACGUCAGCUCUGAAAAUUGCAGUUUACAGUUACUGUUCUUCACUACUCGGCCUCAGUUGCUCCAGAUUCAGUUUAAUUUGCAACCUCACUUACUCUGUCCGACUGUACAUUGGUGUUUGACAGCCUCUGCCCUGACUGCCGUCUACCAGCCGGUUCCUCUCGCAAGACGCAAGGUUGAUGCGCGUUUUCCCUGAAUGUUAAAAAGACCACGACGUCGAAGCUGGACCCUGGGGGAGCAGAACACAGAUUGACUCCAUUUUUUUCUAUCUGUUGACUUGUUGCUAUUCAACUGUUCAGAAAAUAUUUUGUCUGUGGGUUAGUAUUUGUAUAUGUAUGAGUGUAUGUAUAUAUAUAUAUUUAUAUAGAGAGAAGAGUUAUACGACAGGUUUAGCUUUUGUAAGAUGUUCACCUGGAGUGCGCAAGGGACGAAGCAGACUAACACAGCCACAGGUGAAUUGUAGCUACUCUACCGUGGCUAAACCUGCUGAGUUUGCUGUUUACAGCGUGGCUGGAAGGAGAGAGCCUGUUGCCAUCAUACCGCAGCCACCCGGCUGGCACAAGCAGGCCCAGGGCUCUGCGGUGCCGCUUCUUGUACCUCAGGUUCAGCAAACAGGGAGUGCAAGUCACCCCGGCUUCUUUCUGGUCUGAACUGCUUUCCUUAGGUCCCAAAUGGAAUUUACGAUCCAGCAGGAGCCUCGCUCCCCGCUGCGGUGGGAGCAGCGCUGGGAGGUUCUGCAAAGCUGAUCUGUGAGAACGUGGGAAGCAGCCGGCACUGCACGGGUCAGGGUUUACAGCUACGGGAGUGCUGGGCCUGAUUUUAAAGAGGCUGAAGUCAGCUUCCUCUGUGUUCCUGCAGAUAGUUACGUGCCGGGGCAGUUUACAAAACACAAGCCCGUGGUUGGUGCUGCAGAGGCAUUAAGUAGGUAGAUGUCAGCGUAGGAGAAGCUGAUUAGAACAGCAGAGGCACAGGGUUCCUCUGCAGCACUGGUCUCUCCCUGCAGCUGCCACUGCACACGUGAGUGCAAGGAGGAACACAGAUGCCCUGUUACACAAAUAUAUCACCCCCUGUAUAGUUUGAAUAUAUAUACAUACAUACACACGUACACACGGUUUCCAGUUAAGAGUAACAAGAGCAUUUCUUUGUGUGUGUAAACCCACCACACCUGUUUGCAGACAUGGGAAAAAAGGGUGUUCAUUAUCUAGGAAUAUGAAUCCUUUUUUAUUCUGUGAGCAUGUAAGGUUAUAAAAAACCCUUCUAACUGUAUCAAGAUGAUCAUCUUGUUAAUAAAUUGUAAAUGAUCCAUCAAAGCUCACACCAAAUUUUUAUAAAAAUAACACGAAAAGUAUACUAGUGACAGACUGUGGCUUUUGUUAGAGCUUGCCAGUAACUAGGGUAAGGUAAGUGUCUUAGGAUAUUUUAAUAAACUUGCUUAUUUAAGGUUUAAACAAGAAAGCUUCCUUAUGCAAUAGAACUUUGCAGCUGCAUUCUUCGGUUAGCCUUUUUACAGGACUUACGAGUCAUACUGUAUGUUGUCUUUACUCCAGUGAGAUUAUGAGCAUAUCUUCCACACCACGUAUAUGUUUCAAUAGUAAAGCUUUUUGGAAGCAUUAAAAAGUCCAAACAUACAUUUAGUUUUCCAUAAUGCUACACUAGAUAUUAAAUGUGUGUUGGUGGUUAAAAA